AUGCGUGCUCAAAGGAAGUGGAUCCGUAUGUUGAGGAAUAACUGGAAACGUUUUCGUCGGAGACAUUUGCUACUUAUAUUUAGUUUGUUAGCAAUAGUUACGUGGUUUGUUGUCGCAAGCAAAGAAUCGGCAGUAUUUCCGUCACAUUGUGAUCCCAUAGAUGUAGUAUAUACUUGGGUUAACGGGUCAGACGCCGCAUUUAUUGAAUCUAUCAGACGUUAUAAUCCCAGUUAUGAUCCAGCACGCUUUGACGAUAAAAAUGAACUUCGUUACUCAUUACGCUCGCUGGAAAAAUAUGCUCCUUGGAUUCACCAUGUGUAUAUCAUCACAAAUGGUCAAAUUCCACAUUGGCUUGAUCUCAGCUUUGAAAAAGUUACAGUGGUUCCCCAUGAAGUACUCGUUCCGAAACCUGAACUUUUACCUACAUUUUCGAGCUCUUCUAUCGAAACAUUCAUACAUCGUAUUCCACACCUUUCACAACGUUUUCUUUAUUUGAAUGACGAUAUAUUUCUUGGUGCACCGCUUUACCCGGAAGAUCUAUAUACUAAAUCCGAAGGUGUUCGCAUCUAUCAAGCUUGGAUGGUACCGGAUUGUGCGGAAGACUGCCCCUGGACAUAUAUCGGCGAUGGUGCAUGCGACCGACAUUGUAAUAUUGCCAAAUGUCAGUAUGACGGUGGUGACUGCAGCUCUUUUGGAACAGACAAAGAAGAGAAUACGGUAGAGAAUGAUAUUGAUAUGAAUAAAAAUCCGAGGAAUAUAAAGCCAAAACAAGGAAAUUUAACAACACACGUUGACAUAAGACAUUUUCCUUUGAGAAAAAAAUUCCGCAACAAACAUCAUUCUGCACAACGCAAUGGUUCUCUCUUUAGAGAACUAGUUCGACAUAAGAAUCUCAGUACUCUUGCAGAAUUAAGACGAAUUGUCGAUAACUAUAACAACCAAAUGAAGUCAAACUUUUACACCAAAGAGCAAGACCUCUCUACAAGCACUCCAAAAACUAUCAAUAAAUCUUCAGAACAAAUUGGAAAAAUAUCAAAAAACGAAUUUAGCAAAGACAUCUAUUCCCACUCCUUAAUACAUACAAACAUGCUGCUGAAUCAUCACUACGGUUUCAAAGCUCGCAACGUAAUUGCACAUGUGGGAUUCUUGUUAGAUCGCUAUAUAGUAGAUGCCAUGCAGGAAAAAUUUUCUAAAGAGGUAGAUAUAACCGUAUCUAAUCGGUUUCGCUCAGCAAAUGAUUUACAAUUUGCUUUCACCUAUUACUCCUUUUUGAUGAGUGAAACUAUAACUUUAACGGUGGGUCAAAUAUUUGACGAGUAUGAUACCGAUGGCUCGCAUACAUGGUCUGACCGUGAGGUACGUACUUUUUUGGCUCGAAUGUAUCCGCUACCAUUAGAUUGGUCAGCAGUUCGUUAUUUUGAAGAGGUUGUAAGUAACUGCUCCCGUGACUUAGAUGAAGAUACACACAAAACAUAUAAGGAAUAUUCGACUUUAGUAUAUGAACGUUAUGAAGAUUCAAAUGUGCCGACUAUAACGAAAGAGUUGGUCGAACAUUGUCAUUUGUUGGCAGAAGCUCUGGAAGCAAAUUUCGCUACUCGAGCUCGAUACAAAUAUAACAUAAAUCCAAAACGAGCAAUCCAUAACAAUUUUAUGAUGAUAACUUCAAACGUAUCAGAUGUAGUGGACGGAUUUGACAAAAUACGACGAAAUCCACGAAAAUUCAAUUGCAUUAAUGACAAUUUGGAGCCUCAUCUAACGGAAAAUAAUGAAUUAAUACGUCAUUUAUUAGAAGAUUUCUAUCUUUCGUUCUUUCCUCAGCGUAGUCGAUUCGAACUGCAGUAUGAAUAUAGAAAUCGUUUCACUAGCUGGCGUGAAUACCAAAGAUGGCGAAGACGAAAGCGUGCUGCCAUUGUUGUGGGAUAUGGAGCUACCGCAAUUCUUAUUUUCUUAAUUAUAAAAUUUUUGUGCAUACACAAAGCGAAAUUUGUACGACGCUAUGUACAUAACUUGUAAGAAUUUCGAAUAUGUGAUACAUUAUUAGUAAGAUAGAAAUGAUUAUUAUUUAAAAACCUUAUGCAAUAGCAAAUUAUUACUUAUGUAAAUGUACAUUAUUAUAGUAAUAAAAAAAUACCUGAAAAUACAAAAAGGGUA